AUGUCGACUCAGAAUCGUCGUUCUUCGUUUUCGUCCUCAACGACGUCGUCUUUGGCCAAGCGCCAUGCAUCCAACGCUUCCUCCGCAGCAACGUCGUCUUCAGCCCUUCCUACAAACAUGGCCAAGAAGCGUCCACCUCUUUCUAACCUCACCAACACCGUCGCUCACCGCAACUCUUCCUCUUCGGUCCCGUGCGCAGCUAAAGUUGCGAAGACGAAGAAAGAGGUUGUUGCGGCGUCCUCAGGCAAUAAAAGGCCCACGUUGGCGAAUGUUAAACCUACUAAUGCAGUUGUUUUUCCUAAGGCUAAUUCUCUCCAUGUGAGGAAUGAAGCUCCUCCUCCCCCUCCUCCGGUUGUUGUCACUGUUACUGUUCCUCCUCCGGUGGUGGAUGUCUCACCUAGUAAAUCAGAUGCAAUGUCGGUUUCUAUGGAUGAGUCGAUGUCUUCUUGUGAUUCGUUCAAGAGUCCUGAUGUUGAAUAUGUCGACAAUAGUGAUGUUGCAACCGUUGAUUCAAUUGAGAGGAAGACAUUUAGCAAUCUCAAUAUCUCUGAUUCUACAGAAUCAGGCAACAUUUGUAGUAGAGACAUACUUGUUGAGUUGGAAAAAGGGGAAAAGUUUGUCAAUGUUGAUAACAAUUACGCGGAUCCUCAGUUCUGUGCAUCCUUUGCUUGUGAUAUCUACAAGCACCUUCGUGCAUCUGAGGCAAAGAAAAGGCCUUCCACAGACUUCAUGGAGAAAAUUCAGAAGGACAUAAACCCCAGCAUGCGUGCAAUAUUAAUUGACUGGCUUGUGGAGGUUGCUGAAGAGUAUAGACUGGUACCUGAUACAUUGUAUUUGACGGUAAACUACAUUGACCGGUACCUUUCAGGAAAUGUGAUGAACAGACAAAGGUUACAAUUACUUGGUGUUGCCUCCAUGAUGAUUGCAUCUAAAUACGAGGAGAUUUGUGCACCUCAGGUGGAGGAAUUUUGUUACAUAACUGAUAACACGUACUUCAAAGAAGAGGUUUUGCAGAUGGAAUCUGCUGUUUUAAAUUUUCUCAAGUUCGAAAUGACAGCCCCUACAGUAAAAUGUUUCUUAAGAAGAUUUGUACGUGCAGCUCAAGGAGUCGACGAGGAGGACCCUUCGCUGCAACUAGAGUGCUUGACGAACUAUAUUGCCGAAUUGUCUCUCUUGGAGUACAAUAUGCUUUGUUAUGCUCCAUCACUUGUAGCCGCUUCUGCAAUUUUUCUGGCCAAAUUUAUACUUCGCUCUUCAACGAAACCAUGGAAUUCCACAUUGCAGCAUUACACACUCUACCAGCCUUCUGAUCUGUGUGUUUGCGUGAAGGAUCUCCACCGCCUUUGUGUUAACAGCCCUAACUCUAGUUUGCCCGCAAUUAGGGAGAAAUAUAGUCAGCACAAGUACAAACAUGUGGCCAAGAAGUACUGCCCUCCUUCAAUACCUCCAGAAUUUUUCCUGAGUUGA